AUGACCGCUUCCUACUACGGCGACCAGGACACUUGUCGUGAUCUUGCGUUCCUGCCAAGGGACCUUUUCUGGCUUAUCCUUGAAUUAUUGGAGCCCAAGGAUCUUGUACGCUGUCGCCUUGUCUCCCGGGCAUGGAACCAGGCUUUCCGCAACCCAGACAACUUGCUCCCACUGUUCAAGAAGCACUUCUUCUGGACGCAAGAAUUCAAGGAUCUCCAACCUGGAUCUUCUACAUAUGACGGCACCUCUGAUCUCCCGGACUCUAUUCGCCAUGCUUUCGAUGAAGUGGUCGCCAGGUAUGACCACUUAGAACGAGGCAAGCCCCGCUCCGUGCAAAGACACCGCCUGUGCGGCGACUUGGGUUCCUCAUGGGAGCGGCAGUGGUUUCCAGUGCAGCCGUGGGAGGCACACGGCAGUCAAUAUCUGGGGAACGUCGACCGCCAAUUUGAGGAAGCAAUGUGGUCAUACGAAGAUGGACUGGUCGUCUUUCCCCGAGCGGAACACCAGUACCUCGUCCUUUUAGACCUGAGCAGUGAUAGGCAGUUCAUGGUGCCCUUUAUCAUCCAAGGCAAGGUCAUCCGAAGAGUACGGUUGCAGAAGCGUGUGCUGGUCGUGGAAUGGGCCGAGCCUAAAGCCUUCCACUGGCUCAAUGAAAGCGAUGGCGUACAUCGUCACUUCGCCUCUUCCUUCGAUGUGAGCCCAAAGGUCGACGAUGACGGCGGGUGGGACAUCAUUCCACGCAACGAGUGGAAAAUUAUGUUUCUAGGCCAUCCCCUCAGUGAGCGAGAUCGGUUUUUCUCUGCACACAGCAAAACGCACUAUGUCAUUUACAUCUGGCAGCCUAACCGCAGUCUAUACACGGCCGAUGACGAUGCGCCCAUCGAGUCCUUGUUUGUGUGGGAUAUCUCAAAACAAUCUGACUAUCGUCCAUCCCUUGAUCCAACUGGGGCACAGAAAGGGCCUGAGGUAGACCAGGCCCCGUCUAUUGUCGCCCGAUUCGGAUACCAAGAUCUGGAAUUCUUCAAUGUUCGACAGAGGGGCUUCCCAUGUAUACAACAGCUAGAAGUCACUGAUGAUGGGCAGGCUGUGUACAUCAUCGAGAAUGCUCGCAUCUUCCCGGCGGAUGAGGAGCCCGAAGCGUUUGGUGUGCCUCAAACCAUAGUGACCGGCAUUCCGGUCAAUGGAAUUGGUCCCAGUGUUCGAAUCUCUCCCAGAUUCAUCCUGACGGCCUAUCGGAGCAAUGAUAGUUUCCAACAAAUGCCUCUCUUUGAAGGGUGGGACAUGGUCGACACCUGGAACAGCAUCAUCGCACAAGUCACCGAUCCUCUGUCUGGCGUGAUCUUCCGCCUCCAUUUCGCGGAUAUCGAGACAUCUGAGGACCUAGACUCGAUAUACUUGACGAUUGAGACGGAAAAGACGCUAGUCAGUAAAGAAGCCAUAGAUCUUGAUGGCCGGGCGAAACUUUGUGGCUGUGAAAAGUACAUCAUAGGCGAGACUCGGAACCGUGAGCUGGUGAUCUACAGAUUUGAUCGAUGA